AGGACCCCAGGUAAUCUGGGCAGUGGGCACGUGCAUCUCGUAGAUGGGAGCGCGCACGUCACGACACGACAUUCAAUCUCAGGCAGAUGUAGAGGAGCAGGGCAGACCACAUUAUCAACUAUUAGGAACAGGGUUAAACCGACCCUGGUCUGCCACCUGGUGUGGAGGCUUGUAGCUCCUUGAGGAGGCCUUGCUGGGUGAAGAGGAGGCAUGAUGAGUGGGAAGAGCCUGCUGCUGAAGGUGAUCCUGCUUGGGGACGGUGGAGUGGGCAAGUCCUCCUUAAUGAACCGCUAUGUUACUGACCGCUUCGACUCCCAGUCCUUUCACACCAUAGGUGUGGAGUUCCUCAACCGGGACCUCGAGGUGGACGGGCGCCUGGUCACUCUUCAGAUCUGGGACACAGCUGGUCAGGAGCGCUUCAAGUCACUCCGCACACCCUUCUACCGAGGUGCAGACUGCUGCCUGCUCACAUUUGCUGUGAACGACCUGCAGAGCUUCCAGAACCUCAGCUGCUGGAAGAAGGAAUUCAUGUACUACUCAGACAUUAAAGACCCUGAGCGUUUCCCUUUCGUGGUGCUUGGCAAUAAAGUAGACAUGGAGCAGAGAGAGGUGGGGGAGGACGAAGCACGGGCCUGGUGUGAAGAGAACGGCUGCUGUCCUUACUUUGAAACCAGUGCUAAAGAUGACACUAAUGUCACAGCUGCAUUUGAGGCAGCUGUCAGAGAGGUUCUGGCUGCUGAAGACCAAAUUGACCAUGCACUACUGAGUAGCACUAUUGAUCUCCAUGGCAACCGUAAAACCUCUCGCACAUCUUGCUGCUGAUUGGUCAGUUGUGAAUCCAACUUUCUUACUCUGUCUGGCUGAAACUUGCCUGAGGCAGUUUUGAGAGUUAGUUAGAGAUCGUUUUCGGUACACAUACUGUACUGUAAGGUUCUGAGUACAGUACCCUGUAAAAGUAAUAUGGGUAAAAUACAGUUGCUCUGAGGGGGGCAGAUUCAAGGAUUCAGCUGGUGUGUAGAUUGAAUUAUUUCUCUAACCAAGGUACAGGCACACUCAUCCUUUGUAUUCUGCUUUCGGUAAUAUUGCACAAAAACAUUUUUAUAGAGCUUCAUCUUUGUCUGCCUAUGAGCAGUUUAUCAAAUGUUGCUUUCAAAGCAUUUAUUCUAAUGAGAGUAAUCAACAGUUUGAUUAAUACAGUGGAAGAAAGAAUAUACCAGUCUUCUAUGGAGGAGCACACUCAGCCUUUGGCACAACAACAUUCAGUUGGUCUUGUAGCUGCUCAACUGUUUGUCCAUGAUGUGAUUUUUUCCAGGGUUAUACAAUGACUCUAUAUCAGAUUUGUAAGCUGGAGAGCUAAUGAGUUUUCUGUGUCUGUCAGUGACAGUGUCCCCAGUCCAUGCAGAUACUGUGAUUGGAAACUCCCAAUAUAUAAGUACGAUGACUAAUAUGAUUUGAGGUACGAGGACUUUGAUUAUGACCCUGUUUGUUUUCAACAUGAAGGAAAUUGUGAGCUUUGUAGCUCUGACUGUAAACACUGGGUACGAGCUGUUGUGGUAGUCAUUUGACUAUUAUAUCAAUUAUCACUGCACUUUAGUGUAGACGGGUGUUGGGUGUAUGACUCAGGCAUAAUCAGAUCACUUUCCUAUGAUUUAUUUAUUUGGCCCUAUUUACUAGGUAAGGUUCAGUGGUUCUCAAAGGUCAGAAAUAAUAUUAGUAUUCUAAAUAAACUGCUCUUUAUUUUCUUGUGUAGCUCCUUUCCAAACUUCAGUGCAUUUUCAUUUUUAAUAAUUUUUUUCAUAGACAGUCAUCUGAUAUUUACAUUGGGCUUCAGAAUUUGAUUAGGGGCUGAUUAAAGUCUGUGUUCUUGAUUUGUAGAUGAGGUUAUAAUUAAUAGAAUUACCAUUACUUUUCAUAAUCAUGGAAUGUUUGCAAUCCUGUGUCUCUGUCAUGUUGAUUGCGUGGUAGGCUUGAACUUUACAGGCUUUGGUUUUCCUAUUUUGAAGGUCUCCUGUGCUUUACUGAUUACACAUGUCCUGUCAGUCUGGUCACUCUAGGUCUCAGCUGAAUGUGAAAUAGCCUGAGCACUAAGAUAAGGCUGUUACAGCUAAUGGGUGUAUUGUAGUACAUCAACACUCAAGUCCAUUUAUAUAGUACUGAGCGAGUAUUCUGGGAAGUGAAUGACAUUUACUUGUGUGCAGCUCAGUGGUACUUUACUUUUGUGUCAGUGUUUUAACAUCCCUGUUUACUUGCCACAGGUACAUUUGACUUUUGUCCCCUUUGGUUUUUGCGGUACUGCUGUUGACCAGUGUUUUUUAAAACCAGUGUGAGAUUUUAGAAAAUAAUAUGCCUGAUAUUCAGUGUUUCACACUGAGUUUAACAUGGUUUUGAAAUUCAUUCUCAUCAGUGUUUUGAUUGCUGCUUGAAUAGUGUUUUAUAUGAUGUUUGCUUAAGUAACACGUUUUCAUCUUCUGAAUGCACAGAGCCACCAUGGUUCUCAUUUUGGCCUCAUGCUCAUAUUUUUUCGGUUAUGUUGCUGAGAUGACAUUAUUUUCCUUUCAAGUCAAAAAUUGCAUCAUAAUUCAAUAUGGAUGCAGACAUUACAAGAGCUUCACUGUGAAAGUGAACGCAAUCCAGUCAGGUCCUGUUACAUUAUUACAGGCUUCUUUGGUUUAAUGUAGGGUCAUGAUUACUGUUACAUUUUGUAGGAUCUGUUUGAGUACUGGUACUUAAAGCAUAAUUUAUUUACUGUGAACUGAGUGAGGGCAUUUUAACAAAAUCAAGCUGUUAGCCUACAUUAAUUUGAAGCAGAAAAUGAGGGGCUGUUAGCUUUACAUUUGUCAGGUUUAAUGUUUUCUGUAUUAAACAGAAUACUGUCUCCUUACUGUGCUGGUUUUGUCCUGUUUAGAUAAUGUAGCUUACCACAGUGUUUAUCUGAAGUCUGACAUACCUGAGAUUCAGUGGAUAUUUAUAAUUUGGUAGCAUAACGCUGGCAGGUAGUAUGUUGCCCUCAUGGUGCCGUCUUACAUCACUGCAACCCAGUUUGUUGCCAGUAAUUUUUUAUGUUGCAUUCGCUGUAAUACAUAUGAAUGUAAAAAUACAUUUUUUGUCCAUAAUAACGGCUUAUGUAAACUGAAAUAGACAUUCAUUGUAUAAUGUACAAUGUCUGUUGCACAAUUGUUGCUUAUCCCAUGAGUGUGAUUUAAGCUGUUUGAAAGUUGCUGCUCAUCUUGAUUAUAUAGUGUUGAUCUAAUGAACAGCCUCUCCUGCUCCUCUUUUUGCACUAAAGACAUAAAGGUUGUGCCAACAUGCUGGCAAAGCGGCAAAUAUUCCUCAGUACCCAUCUACGAAUAAAACAUGCAGCAUAUCAAAUGAAGACAUUACCUUGUCUGUGGCUUUUGUGCUGAUACUUUGAAAAUUUAACCAUGUGGCUUUAAAGUGACUCUAAAGUUUGAAAACAAAAGCUAUUUUUAAAACAAAAUAGGUUACCCAGAUUAUUAGUAACUUAAGUUAUCCACUGGUCCCCUGCCACCUCAACAUCAGUUAAACAGCAAUACUAAAUUAUGGAUUUUGCGAUUCCUUAGCAAAACCUUAUCUAAAACACACGUCUAGCAUUCUCUUUCUCUAAAAUACACCUUGUCUGAAUUUCAUCACACAAGAUCUUGAAUGAUGCUGAAUGACCAAGUAUGUAUUGGAACCCAAGAGACAGUGAACACCAGUUUUCCUUUUCAUUAAAAAAAGAACAAGCAUGCUCUGCAUUUUUAUCUUCCUUUCAUUAAAAAGGAUAUCAAGCAUGCACCACAGGGUGAAAUCUGACCUUGUCAGAUAUUUAUCACCUCUACCAUAAUACAUUUUUCUAAAUAUCUGAAAUAAGGAAAUCUAUAGAAACUAAAGAAUCAAUGGACAAAUGCAGAAAAUUACAAAAAGUAAGUACAAAAUAUUGAAUUGUUAUGACUCAGUUAGAAAAAGCUGCAUUUAUGCCAUUUUAUAAGUUCAGCUGUAAUAAACACCUACAUUUUAAUGAAAAUAAUGAAGGAAUUCAAUUUAACAAGCACUGCCAAGUUGUACCGAUAAACUAGAACACUGAUGGCCAGCUCAUUAGUGAUGGUUAUCGUUGGAAGCUCCUACAGCAAAACUAGGGGCACUGUCAGGAGAUGUCAUAUGUAUCUGCAGGAUAUGGCGAGCACUGUGCCCCUCCGCUGUCCCUCUGCAGACUGCCAGACAGCUCACAGCCUCUCCUCUCCUCUCUUACCCUGUGUCACUGCUUCCUCAGGUACACCUGGCCCACAGCCAACUGAAGGAAACUGUGCACCUGUGGAUACAAGAGGAGAGAAUACAAAA